AAAAAAAAAAUCUUAUAUAAUACGGUAAGCUAUGUAUGGUUUCCCGAAUAAAAGCUGAAGAAAGGAAGAGGAAAGAAAUAGAGAAGAAGAAAAAAAAAGACUGACCGUAUUCUCCGUCGAUUUUAGCCGCCCGAAGAAAAUAUCAUCGUCUCUCCUUUCGUUUAAGCAGAAAUUUGCUCUGAUUUCAGUGUGCUUCCAACGAUGGCUAACGCGGCAUCAGGAAUGGCUGUGCACGAUGACUGCAAGCUAAGAUUUCUGGAACUGAAGGCGAAAAGGACACACCGUUUCAUCGUUUACAAGAUCGAGGAGAAGCAGAAGCAAGUGAUUGUUGAGAAAGUCGGUGAACCAGUCCAAACCUUUGAGGAGUUUGCGGCAAGUCUUCCUGCUGAUGAAUGCCGUUAUGCGAUUUACGAUUUCGACUUUGUCACAGCUGAAAACUGCCAGAAGAGCAAGAUCUUCUUCAUCGCGUGGUGCCCGGACAUAGCUAAGGUGAGAAGCAAGAUGAUUUACGCGAGCUCCAAGGACAGGUUCAAGAGGGAACUAGAUGGGAUUCAAGUAGAGCUUCAAGCAACUGAUCCAACCGAGAUGGAUCUCGAUGUUUUCAGAAGCCGUGCCAACUAAAAGUAAACACUCAAAGUUUCUCUCUUUGAAUGAUCUUAUUCUCUUAUCCUGUUAUUUUCGGAGUGAUGUUACUUUUUUUUCUAUAAUUUACAUUAUGCUGUGAAGGUUAUGAACCUAAAAACUUCAUUUUUUAUCUGUGUUUGGUCUUUGUGUUCAAUGUUGUCUUUGGUGUUCCAUCUUCGUUGUAGAUUUCACUAUUUUGAGUGGGUUUCUGAGUGUAAAGACUCAAUUCGUCUAAUUGAAGAUGAACCCUUUUGGUAUCAUUUAAUGUUA